CACAUCUGAGCCAAUGACAGGACGAACGCGACGGUUUCAGCCAAUGGCAGAGCAGUAUGAGUGCAUUCUAGUUUAGACGAUGAAGACAACCAUGGACUGCAGCGGUGUCCUGCUCGUUGUUACAAAGUUUUAACGUUUAACGUUCCAGCAAGAUACGGAGCUGGUGGCUCAGAGGAAUAAUGGGGGAAAUGGAAGGAUCAUAUCGGGUACUUCAGACCCCCGGCACAAGGCUGGGAGCCCAAUUCAAUGCUGGUAUCAGCACCUUGGAGCCUGGCCAAAGCCUCAGUGGCAACGCGGUCAGCAGGAGCAAAAGCCACGGGAGAGGCCUGCAGAUCCGUGUGCAGGGACUGGACGACUCCCAGGAGUUCUUUGACGUAGACCCAAAAUCGCCUGGACAGAUCCUCCUUUCUGAGGUUUUCCACAGAGGCAACCUCAUUGAGAGUGAUUACUUUGGCCUGGAGUUUCAGAACAUGCAGAUGAACUGGGUUUGGUUGGAACCAGUAAAACCCAUUGCAAGACAAGCCAGAAGACCCGCAAAUACCCUGUUUCGACUUUCUGUGAAGUUCUUUCCCCCUGACCCCGGUCAGCUGCAGGAAGAGUACACCAGGUAUUUAUUCUCCCUGCAGAUAAAGAGAGAUCUGAUGGAGGGCAGGUUGAUCUGUACAGAAAAUACUGGAGCACUGCUGGCCUCACAUCUUGUUCAGUCGGAGAUUGGAGACUAUGAUGACGGUGCUGCAGACAGGGAGUUCCUGAGAGCAAACAAGCUAUUGCCUUACCAAGACAAAGUGGACGAGAGAAUCAUGGAGCUCCACCGCAGACACCUCGGUCAGACUCCGGCUGAAUCAGAUUUCCAGAUUCUGGAGAUUGCCCGAAAACUGGAAAUGUACGGUGUCCGCUUUCACCCAGCAGCUGACCGAGAGGGCUCCAAGAUCAAUCUGACUGUUGCUCAUAUGGGCCUUCAGGUCUUUCAGGGCAACACAAAAAUAAACACCUUCAACUGGUCCAAGAUUCGCAAACUGAGCUUCAAGAGAAAACGGUUCCUCAUCAAACUCCACCCAGAAGUCCAUGGACCCCAUCAAGAUAUUCUUGAGUUUAUGAUGGCCAGUCGAGACCAGUGUAAAAACUUUUGGAAGAUCUGUGUGGAGUACCACUCGUUUUUCCGCUUGCUUGACCAACCGGAACCCAAAACCAAAGCAAUCCUCUUCACACGAGGUUCCUCCUUCAGAUAUAGUGGAAGGACCCAGAAACAGCUUGUGGAAUAUGUUCGGGAAAACGGAGCAAAGAAAACCUCUUAUCAGAGGAGGAACAGUAAAGUAAGAAUGUCUGCUCGCUCCUUUACAUCUGAUGUGCCAAAACAGACCUUGUCAUUCACUGACAGUCCCAGGGCCCCAUACUCCCUUUCCUCCACCACUGAGUCCUUCCUCCCUGCACACAUGACUAGGAUUUUUCCACGAACGGAGCUGCCACCUCAGCUCCAACCUUUAACCGCAUUGAGCCCGUCUCCAGCACCUCCCCAGCAGCAACAGCAGCAGCCGCAGUCCCCCUCAGGAGCAGCUACACCCCCCAGCCCACUGAAGGAAGACCCAGUCAUGGCUGUUCCCCCAUCACACUUCUCGUUUCAAGAUUCAGUAAUCGACAAUCCUCAGCUCUCGCCUCUCACCUCCAAGGGUCCCCUCUGCUUGUCGCCCUCCUUCCAGAUGUCAACCCUCAGCCUGCCCAGCCAGACCCCGUCUCCACUGCAGAGCCCCAUUCUGAGCGAGGUGGGCAGCACUGCCAGGCUAGAGGAGGAAGAGGAUGGCAGGAGGAAGCGAUAUCCCACCGACAAGGCCUACUUCAUUGCCAAAGAGAUUCUGACCACAGAGCGAACAUACUUGAAAGACUUGGAGGUCAUCACUGUGUGGUUCCGUAGUGCUGUGAUCAAAGAAAAUGCCAUGCCCGAGGGCCUCAUGACGCUUCUCUUCUCCAACAUCGACCCCAUCUACGAGUUCCACCGAGGAUUUCUAAAGGAGUUAGACCAGAGGCUGGCUCUCUGGGAGGGGCGAUCGAAUGCCCAUGUCAAAGGUGAUUACCAGAGGAUUGGUGACGUGAUGCUGAAGAACAUGUGUGUUCUUAAGGAAUUCACCAGCUACCUACAGAAGCAUGACGAAGUCUUAACAGAGCUAGAGAAAUCCUCCAAGAGGCUUAAGAAGCUGGAGACUGUCUACAAAGAGUUUGAACUGCAGAAGGUGUGCUACCUGCCCCUGAACACAUUCCUGCUGAAGCCCAUCCAGCGCCUCAUGCACUACAAGCUCAUACUGGAGAGACUAUGCAAGCAUUAUUCCCCUGCUCACCGUGAUUAUGAAGACUGCAAGGAAGCCCUGAAGGAGGUGGCGGAGAUCGCCACUCAGCUUCAGAGCAGCCUCAUUCGACUGGAGAACUUCCAGAAGCUAACGGAGCUGCAGAGAGACCUGAUCGGGAUCGAGAACCUAACAGCACCGGGCAGAGAGUUCAUCCGGGAGGGCUGUCUGUACAAGCUCACCAAGAAGGGGCUGCAGCACAGGAUGUUCUUCCUGUUCUCAGACAUGCUCCUCUACACCAGCAAAGGUGUUACAGCAACCAAUCAGUUCAAAGUACAUGGACAGCUGCCACUUAAUGGGAUGAUUCUUAUAGUGCUGGAUGCACCGGUUGAGGAAAGUGAAAACGAAUGGUCAGUCCCGCACUGUUUUACCAUUUACUCUGCUCAAAGGACCAUUGUGGUGGCUGCCAGCUCGAAGGUAGAGAUGGGGAAAUGGAUCGAGGAUCUGAACAUUGCCAUUGACCUGGCUAAGAAGUCUCAGGAGAAAUCUGGCAUUUUCCUCGAUCCCGGCCUCAGUGAUCACUCCAACCGAUCAUCUGAUGAGGUUUCUCUGGAGCAGGAAUCAGAGGAUGACAUGAACUCCUCCCGCACUUCACUUGACAAGCAGACGCACCAUCGUGCCAACACAACCGUGCAUGUGUGCUGGCACCGCAACACCAGUGUGUCUAUGUCUGAUCACAGCCUGGCUGUGGAGAACCAGCUGUCGGGCUACCUGCUGAGGAAGUUCAAGAACAGUAAUGGCUGGCAGAAACUUUGGGUCGUGUUCACCAACUUCUGCUUGUUCUUCUACAAGACUCACCAGGACGACUUCCCCUUGGCCAGCCUCCCGCUGCUCGGCUACACGGUCAGCACCCCCGAUGAGUCGGACAGCAUUCACAAGGAGUACGUCUUCAAGCUGCAGUUCAAGUCGCAUGUUUACUUCUUCAGAGCUGAGAGCGAGUACACCUUUGAGAGAUGGAUGGAGGUGAUCAAGAGUGCAGCGAGCACCAUGGGCCGGAUGAGCCUGCUCAUACCUAAAGGUGGUCCUGUGGAGAUCAAUGGAAACUAAAUGAAGCAUUAUGGAUCCAGAGGCUGGGCCUCUAGGAAAUCACAUUGUGUUAUUUCUGAGUUCAAUAUGGGAAAAUAACAACUGGAGACUGAAUGAUACUGCCAGAUUAAGUGUUUUUCAGCUUCUUCCUAACGUGUGUGUAUUUUUUCCUAUUAGUUAUAUAAAUAGUAACACACAUUUCAGUAUAAGGGAUAUAAUGAAAGGGAGGUGUGUACAUUAUGAUGUUUUUGUGACUUUUUUGCAUGUGUAAUGCUUAGUUUGUUUCACACAGACUGAAGGCCAAUCCAGUUUUAUGGGACCAGCCACAUUUUAAAGGGCUCAAAUUUCUGCUUUUGAACGGAUGUCACACAUCAUGAUGGAGGCUUUUUUUGGUGCAGGUUUGGGAUGCAGAUGAAACACAGUAUGUUGGGCAUGAAGGUACAGCUAGUAUGUGCUCUGUGUAGUAUGUUAGAGUUAAGUUGUGUUUGAGUGCAAACUCUGAAGGCGAGAAGAAAGUGAAAGAAAUGCGGAACAAAGUCGAGGGACGAGACGUUUGGAAGUUGUCAAUCUCAUGCUGCCGAGUCUGAGCAACUAAAAUUGCUGGAAUAAGCAGGAUGUUAUAAGGGUGUAUGUGUUUCCUAAUAGAGUGACACUAAGUGUUUCAGUUAUUUAAAGGGUAGAUAUUCUGCUUUAUAAUCCUUAUUCAGUUGCAUUAUGGUCGAUUGGGUGCUAUUUUUCUCUCUGCUAUCAACUCUAACUGAAUGCUGUUGUAGUUUACAUAGGGAUAACAUCUCAGCAACAUACUGUGCAGGGCUUCCUCUGUGUGAAGAUUUUCCCUUUUUAAAAGCAAAGCUGAAGAACAUGUUUUGAUCUCUUCCUGUCAGGCUGCUUUAGAUAAACAGGAGUUGACUCAAAGGAGGUACGACUGAAGAGCUGAUUUAGUUUGGUACAUUAAUAAUGGUACUGUUUGGUAUAUAUUUUCUGUGAAGACUGGAAACUGUAUCCUCUGUGUGUGUGUGUUUGUGUGUGUGUGUUUGUGUGUGUGUGUGUUUGUGUGUGUGGAGAGGGGAGAUCAUACCCAUGUACUCUUAUGUGAUCUUGCCCCUCCUCUGGAGCCUCUAAAGAAAGUGAUGGUAGAAGUGUUCAGCCCAUUUGUCAUUUCUGCAUCUGUUGCCCAGGUAACAACCAGCAUGUCUCUCCUAUUUAUUGUCAUCAGCAUCGUGUUUCUGAAUGCCCUCAUAUAGACUUCAAGUUAUUCCAUUGAAGACAACAAAUAAAACAGAAUUUGACUAAA